AUGCUGCAGAUCGGAGAACAGCCUGUUGGACUCAAAGAAUACUACAAUUUGAUUGUGGGUGACUCUCAAGACAAUUUGGUGUUCACGCUGAAUCCAAGCAAGGAGACAGGGGCUGCACCAACAUCUGCUGAUCUGGCCAAAGUACACAUUAUCUCCGAUUACAGAUGGAAUUCACUCUGUCGUUUCUAUUUUCAGGGCCGUGGAGUAGUUGCAACUCGUGAUUUCAAAGCUGAUGAAACUAUCUUUGAAGAAGAGCCGUUGGUGUGUUGCCAGUUCAGUUGGAAUGCAGCUUACGGUUACUUGGCUUGUGAUCAUUGUAUGAGACCACUGGAAACUACAGAAGAAAAUGUUAGACGUUUGACUAUGUGCAGAGAGAUAGUUCUUCCAUUCACGGAGUUCUGUCCGACAAACAAGACUGCUCACUCGUUUUGUCCAUCAUGUCAUGUGCAAUACUGUAGUGAAAAAUGCAAAGCUACAGCUUGGGAGCAAUACCACCGCACUAUCUGUCAAAAUAUGGAUUAUUCUCAUCCCCUUCAUGAGCUGAACGAGGAGUGGAAGAAGAUCCAUUAUCCACCAGAAACGACAACCAUAAUGCUGUUGGCUAGAAUUGUUGCUUUGGUUGAACAAGCAGCAGAUAAGGAAGCUAUUCUCAAUUGUUUGAACGAGUUCAGUCACAGCAAAUUUGAUGGCGAGGAAGCAGACAUGUCGUCAGUGGCCAACCGGUUGCUCGGUCUCUAUCAGGAGCAGAUCCAGCAUCUGCACACCCUGUUCGUGCAGGCAGUGCCAGCAAAAACCAUGCAGCAGUGGUUGACAUUGGAAGGCUUCUCGUCGCUGCUGGCUAUCGUUGGUGCGAAUGGCCAGGGAGUUGGCACAAGUGUGUUCAGUCAGUGGGUGGACAAUGUCACCUCAAAGCCAGAGCUCGACCAGGCUCACCUCGAUCAAUUCAUCAAAAACAUCUACGAUAAAAUGGAAGAGUGCGUUGGAUUAGCAUUUCUGAACAAUGAAGGAUCAGGCCUCUACUACCGGCAACGGUUUGUGAAUCACAGCUGCGAACCGAAUGCAGUGAUCACGUUUCCACUGGGCAACAGUACGUUGCGAUUGAAGGCACUGAGGGACAUUGCUGCAGGAGAAGAGAUCUGCACCUCUUACAUAGAAGUGUGCGAACUGGACAGAAGUCGGCAUUCCAGGCAAAAAAUGUUGAGAGAGAACUACUUCUUCAUUUGUCACUGCAAAAAAUGCCUGACUCAGGCGAGUGAUCCAGAUGUGACCAGUGAAGAAGAGGAAUGCUCGGAUGAAGAUGAGGACGAUGAGGAAGAUGCUGCCUGAAAAUAACAUCACUUCUGUUCUGAUUAAAUUUAUUCAUUCCAGAA